GAUUUUACGAACGUUCGUCAACAUAAAUUGUUGUACUAAAUUCAAAGAAACGAAAUCCGCUUCCAAGACGCGAUUACAGUGAUUGCACACUACACCCAAUAUUAGGCGAUUAAAUUAUUCGUAAGCUUCAACGAUUCGAAAACGCAAUACCCAAUGGAUGCCGCCGAGGGUCAAAGCUUGGUGAUCAAAAUGGCACAAAAGAACAAGGAGACCCAGACUGUGAAGCUGGUGCCCGGAGGCGGGCUGGUCAACAACUGGUUUGCCCCGGCUGCGUUUGGGCCACCAGGGAUUGCAUUUGGGGCUAGUCCCAUGAUCCCUCCGCCGCACGUUCCGCAUCACAGCGUAUCGUGUCAGUUUUACAUGGACCGGGAGGAGCAGCUGUACCGCCGCGCUUGCCAGAUGAAGGGCAUUCGGGUGGAGCGGGUCCCAGAGAUCCGCGAGGAGGAGGACGACUCGAACGGCUCCGAGGAGGAGCCUUCGAAGGGCAUACGCUACCGCUACACCCUGGACGAGAUGAAAAGCUUUAACCCAUACCGUUUUAUCAACUUUUAAAUGUGCCCAAAACGACCUAAAUAGCCGUCGUAGCCGUAGUAGCACACGUAGUACACAUCCAUCCACAUCGCAACGUCAGCCUAUCAUUUAAGAUCCAUAACUAGGUCUAGCUUCGUCAUCAUUUCCCAUAAGAUGUCAGAUUAUAGGUUUAUCUUGCAUGCUUAAAAAUCGAAAUGAGAAUCACACGAAAAACAGGAACCCAGGACACUGCCCAUUAGCUUGUUGUUGCCGUAUUUCCAUGUAGAGUCAGGAUCCAAGACUAAGACUAACUCCGCCACCACUUCCACAUUUCACAUAAGAUGCCAUAUUAUACGGUCCCCAUGCAUGCCUCCAACGCGUAUUGGGAAUCACAAAGGAAACGGGAACCCAGGACACGGCCCAUUUGCUUGUUGUUACCGUAUCACACGCCCCAUGAAAACAAUAAAGAAUUGUUCAUAAAUGACAUCCUGGCAUGUCAACAAAAAA